GUCUUACUAUAGACAAUAACAAGAGAAAACAGCCUAUCUACGAAUCAGAAAUCUACAACAAGCAUAGCUCAGACAAAAACCUAGAAAAUACAAAUGCUACUACCAAAACAAACAGGCCUUUUAAUGAUAACAAAAAGAUCAAAAGGAAUGAAGAUAGACAAAAAAAGAAUUCAAAAACUGAUAUACAAAGAAACAAGAAACCUUUAGAUAAAGAUACAAGAACUAGGUUUUACAACAUAAAUAGAAUCAAAAAUAAUAUAUCUAAACUUCAAGAGCUAAUAGACACAGGUCUCCGGAAAAAUCUAGAUAUCAUAG